AUGCCCAUUCACGAAGCCACUGUUCGUCCUGAUGGCGGCGUCCUUAUCCCGGGGUUUCUGAUCGUCAAACUUCUUCCUGGUGAUGAGUAUGUUUUCCUCGUGUCAACAGGCAGCGCAGCGCACGAUCAGCCGAACGCCAUAACUCUUCCGCGCGUCGCGAAGGUUGUGACUAUAGAGAUCCUUGUCAUUCAUGUGGAACAAGCUUUCCUAGUCAUAGAGGGUGCAGCGCUUGUCGCUAUCCUUCUGUCGAAUGGCGAGCAACAACCCCUGGAUCGGGAAAGACCCGUACCUUCCGUUUCGAGAGGCAUCGACCCUGGCGAUGUGGGCGCUCUCAGCGACACCUCUCGCGCGCUACCAAGCUCCUCGAUCUCAAGCCGCUCAAACCCCGUUGACACGCGGGCCGAGAUCACCUACCGCGAGGAAUCGACCAGCUAUCUUAAGUUUGGUACCAAGGGCAUGAACGGCACAAUCGUCGAGGUUUGCCCGCGCAAGAAGGCCGAGGUGCAGGAGGUCGAGGGCCAUGAUUUUGAGGCUGAGGGCAACGCAUUCGAUCUCAUUGGUCGCCUCCCCAUCUUCGACCCUCUCUGCUUGGACACCAAGCAGAUGCUCGGCCAAGCACGUCAACGCCCUGUCCUCCGUCUCUCCUGGUCGCGAGGCGCAAGCCCACCCCCAAUCAACGACAAUGAGCGGGCGCUUUUCGAGGGCGGUUCUGUGUCCCGGACGCCGCUCCAUUGUGCUAAAAGCAAGGUCAAGGUCAAGUCGCCUGCGCUCGAAAUGUUCACGAAGACGGGGCAGAUGAGCAAUGAAGAGGUCGCAGAGGCCGUUUCACCGGGCGGGCACGUCACGAAGCGACGUGCGCAUUCCCGCCCGGUUGAACUGCUAGAGUCGGCGCAGGGCGCAGUUGUCCCUCGUCACCGUCUCGUCUUCCAACUCCCGCAAGAAAGACGGCUCGUCGGAGGCAUCGCUUCUGCGAUGCCCAGCCCCACGAAGAGACAGAAGCGCAAGGCGCCUGCUUCCCCGCUGCAGAAGGAGUUCAGGCCACGCGAUUCUGGAAUCGAUCGCUACUCCAGUGACGAGGACUACGGCGGGUUCCGCUUGCAUGGCGGCGAUCCGUUUUUACCGUCGAUGCCCCGUGGUUCAACCUCCCUCAGCACUGUCAACUCAUCGGAGAGCGAUGACUAG